CUGUAUGAAGCUUUCAUUCUCAAAAAUUAAGUACUCAGCCUCACCAUUCUGGACAAGCUCCCAAUGACCUGGUUAGGAGCUGCUGGGUCCCCCGUGUGAAUCCUGUUCUUUCUGAGCUCCGGUAUUUUCGUUGGCAAGAGGGCUGGGUUACUGCAGGAGCCGAAGGGAGAGGCAGAACCUGCCCUUCCCAACCUUUGCACGGCCCGGGCUGAAGGGGCUGGCUCCAGAGCGCCACCGCGCCCCAGCUCGAGUCUGGGACGAAUAGCCUCGGCCUCAACACUCCGUUUUUCUGCGGACAGCUGGAGGACAAGGAAUCAGGACUUCGCUUUAGCGCCAUCCCCGCGAGAAGAAUGCUAGGUGCAGGUGAAAAUUCUUCGCACACAGUCGAUCUCAGCAUCUGACAUGCACACUGGGACAGGGAAAUUCUCUCCCAGGUUCGAGAGGUUUUGCGGCAAACUGCUCUCUUCCUAAGACACAUUGCAGCCCCACGCGCUUUCCAGCCUCGGCGGAGGCCACUGCAGAGUCCUCGCCCCACCCGCUAGCCCGGACACCAGAGCCCCACUGCAGCUUCCUCACCAUCCUCCUCUUUUUCUUCUCCACUUCCUGGUUACCAUGGAGACACACGUCACUACGUGCCGUGCGUCGCCUUGGAAACAGAGGAGCAUCCACGGAGCCGCGGGGAGACCCGCCCCGGCCGCUCCAACCACUCUUAGGGCGCUGCCUUCGUAGCCGGGGGAGUCCCGGGUCCUACGCGCCGCGCCGCAGCCUCAGCCUCGAGCCGCUCCUCUGCGGGCGCCUCCCGUGGCCCGGGCCACUUCCCGACAGGCACUUUCCGCUCGUGGUGCCGGGAGGGCGGCGCGGACACGGGCGCAGGCCGGGAGGUGAGGCGGGGAAGGGCGCUCUGGCCCGGGGCGAGCCCGGAGACUUGGCCCUGGGACCCGCGCCGGGUCUGCGUCCCGUCGCCGCCUCUCGCUGGCCUCCCUCGAUCCCGCGCGCGCCCUCCGCCCGGGAGGCGGCUCCUCCCGUCGGCUCCUGGUCCCUCUGGGGAGCCCUCGGUUCCCUCGGCUCCUCCCUGCCCCUCGGGGUCCUGUCCCCCUGCACACCCCUUCCCCCACCGCGGAGGCCCGGCUGGACGCGACCCAGAGCCGCCACUGCCCGCUUUGCCACUCAAUGGAGGACGGGCUGCUGGAGAUCAGGACCAAGGACGGCGGCGACAUGCCGGUGCCCCUGGAGGUGUCCACCGUGCCGGCCGUGGGGGACGUGAUCUCCGGGGAGUACAACGGCGGCAUGAAGGAACUGAUGGAGCACCUCAAGGCCCAGCUGCAGGCCCUGUUCGAGGACGUGAGGGCCAUGCGAGGGGCCCUGGACGAGCAGGCCUCGCACAUCCAGGUGCUCUCGGACGACGUGUGUGCCAACCAGCGGGCCAUCGUCUCCAUGUGCCAGAUUAUAACCACGGCGCCCCGCCAAGGCGGCUUGGGUGUGGUCGGCGGCAAGGGGAGCUUCCCUGGUGCCCCCCGAGAGCCGGAGACCCCUUCGCCUGGAAUCGAGGACAGCGGCUUGCUGGGUCGCGACCUCGAGGACCAGGAGGACGACCAAGAGGAAAAAGAGAUGCCCAGCCCUGCCACACCCACCAGUCACUGUGAGCGCUCCAAGAGCCCCUGUGCUGGUCUUCUUGGAGGGGACGGGCCACUUGUGGAGCCCCUCGACCUGCCUGACAUUACCCUGCUGCAGCUGGAGGGCGAAGCCUCCCUGUGAAGGGACUAACUAACUUCCCGGGCUGGUUUGGGACUUCUGAGUGCAUGACGCGAGGCGACUGAAGGACGCGGUGCAGCAUGCUUCGCUCCGACAGCUGUCCCUGUGUAUAAGCGUAGAGACUCCCUCCAGGAAGCAUCGGUAGGGUGAAGGACUUUGGGAGCAACAAGAAUUCUUUUUGCCCAACCAAGCGUGAUAGCAAACUGGAGAAAGGUGAGGUUCUGGGAAAGGAAGUGCCCAUCUCCCGGACCCCCAGCCAUCCCCUCUCCUUACCCUUUUCCUCUCCGCAGGCAACAGGAGAACCCUUGAAUUAUGUAAAUAAAAUCUGCUUUUUCUAUUCUGAAAAAGGACUUAUCUAGGACUAUGGCAAAUAAUGUCUAACGAUUUACCUAAAAUUGAGGCAUUGGGGGAAUUCUGUUCUGGCAACAGAAAAUUUACCCUUCUACUGAAAUCCAAGAUGUUCAGUUCUCUGCAGAAGCCUCUCCCCCUCACAGAUCUCUGCAGCUGCUGAUUGGUAAAGAAAGCUUGAGGAGGGAACCGCAGCCACAAGAAUCUGGGUGAAUGGGGUUCUGAGGGUCCCAGGGCUGGGAGGAGCUGGCUAUGAAUGUGCAUGAAGACAAAAUAGCUCAACCUCUAGGAUUUUGCAUGCAGAACGGAUCCUGCCUUGUCACUGACUUCAUCUGGGAUUGCUUUUCACUCACUGGGGCUUAGAGAACAAAGAGCCCAGUCCAUAGGCAGAGACUUGGGGGUGCUCAGCAGUGGCCCAGAUUUAGGGGACAUUUGAGGGACUUUUGGGGCUUCAGCCAAAAACGUCUCCUGGCUACUCCUGCUUAACUUCAGUUCCUUUUUCUGUCAAUAUGUCCCUGCCUGCUGCCUCUCGGUGUUGCCUCCAUAAUGUCUUGUGUGUGUUAUGUGUGUCUAAUUGUGUAGUAGUGUGUGAGCCCUGAGGGGCAGGGCUUGUGGCUCUGGUGUUAGGUUCAGAGGGCUUCAGACUCUUCUGGGAACCCCAAACUAUAAUGGCACUUUCCUCUCUCUUCUCCCUUUUCCUCCUUCCCAAUCAGGGCAUGGAGCAUGUGGUUGUCCUGAGAUUCCUUAACUGAUGUGCCUCCCUCCUACUUCUGAAGUGGUAACUUCGCGUGCCCAUCCCCCUCUUUUGUGUAUUUCUUCUCAAUGCUUUUCUUGGUGUUAACCUUAAUAAAAAGCUGUCAUCUCCCUUU